AUGCGUAAACCUCCUAAAGUAACGUGUAAUUUGGACAAGAAUGAUGAGCAAAAUUCGAGUAGUGACGAUGAAAGCGUUAGAGCAUUCUCAACAGUUGCCGACUAUAUCGAAUCUGACGUCGAAUUGUCGGAUGAUGACAUGCCAGAAGCCAUCAUGGCAACCCCCAAAAAUUGCCCUGGAUUUGGGAUGAAGCCAAGCACCGAGCCGGACGAGAGAGAACUAUGA